AUGCUCUUGGCGAGCGAUCAAGCGCAGCUUAUGAAGGCUGAAGAGCUGCCCCUGUAUACCUUCGUGGAAGUGUCCCUUGGUUUCGCUAUGUAUGCUAGGCGUGGGUACCAGGUCACGUCCAAACAGUCCUUAUUGAGUGAACCACAAUGUUUCAACAGUACUGCGUGCAAGGCGUGCGUGAUUAUACAGCUCGAUGUGCGCCACCCUUGUGACCCUGCGUCUCACCGCUCCAAAGAUCUCAAGCGCACGCGCAUCUUAGAAAUGGUAGGGGAAAGUUCAUCUCAGUGCUGUCCAUCUCUCCGGUGGCUGGAAUGCGCGACACUUGCAGCUU